AUGAUUUGUCUUGAGACACAACAUUUCAAACUCAAUCGACUUCUUUUGCUCGCGAUUGGUUUAUGGCCUCACGAGAAAUCGAAGCUUGCUCAAAUUCAAUUUAUUGUACUUUUUGGUAUACUGACAACUUUUAUUGCAUUUCAGUUUGCAACAUUUAUUACUUCAAACUGCACUACUGAUCUCAUUAUUAAGGUUCUGUCUUCCGCGUUUUUCUUCACUUGCUUGGCGAUUAAAUAUAAUUCGUUUUGGAUUAAUGCCGAUACUAUGAGGUUUUCACUGGAGCAACUACAGCAUGCUUGCAAUGAAUUAACAAAUAGAAACGAAAUUGCUAUCAUAGAAAAGUACAGUCGUAUAGGGAAAUUUCAAACGACUGCAAUUGCAACAUUAAAAUUAGUUAAAGAAACUUUAGCUAGAACGAUAUAA